CCCACACGAUACAAACCCGCAAACCCACUCCGAUCGCAAAUACUCUCUCUCGCCGAUAGCAGCAGCAGCAGCAAUGGCCGCCCUCGCCGCCGCAUCCACCGCCUUCGCCGCCAAGCCGCGCCUGGCGCGCGCGCCGUCGUCCCCGGCCGCGCGGUUCUCCGUGUCGUGCUCCGCGUCGGGCAACAACGGCGGCGCCGGCGAGAUGGCGCAGUCGCUGGCGGCGUCGGCCAAGACGUUCUCCGCGGCGCUGGCGCUGUCCUCGGUGCUGCUCUCCUCGGCGGCGACGUCGCCGCCCCCCGCCGCCGCCGACAUCGCCGGGCUGACGCCGUGCAAGGAGUCCAAGGCGUUCGCGAAGCGGGAGAAGCAGUCCAUCAAGAAGCUCCAGUCGUCGCUCAAGAAGUACGCGCCGGACUCCGCGCCGGCGCUCGCCAUCAACGCCACCAUCGAGAAGACGAAGCGCCGCUUCGAGAACUACGGCAAGUUCGGCCUGCUCUGCGGCGCCGACGGCCUCCCGCACCUCAUCGUCAGCGGCGACCAGCGGCACUGGGGCGAGUUCAUCACCCCGGGCUUGCUCUUCCUCUACAUCGCCGGCUGGAUCGGCUGGGUCGGCAGGAGCUACCUCAUCGCCAUCAGCGGCGAGAAGAAGCCGGCCAUGAGGGAGAUCAUCAUCGACGUCGAGCUCGCCGUCAAGCUCCUCCCGAGGGGGUUCAUCUGGCCCGUCGCCGCCUACCGUGAGCUCAUCACCGGCAACCUCGUCGUCGACGACGCUGACAUCGGCUACUGAUCACCACAUGGAUGCUUGGCUACUCAAGCCCCAGGUGAGUUGAUUUGGCAGUGGAGGAAGAGGGCUCGUGCAUGGUGAUUUGUGUGGUUUGGGUGUAGAAGCUGAUAGGAUCAUGGAGGAAUGGAAGAUCUGUUGUACUUAAGAAAAACUAAGUCUUGUAUACCGUACCUCUCUCUUGUGUGUAUUUACCAUCUUAAGAUUCUUGAGAACAAUUCCUUCGUGCAAUUCU